CGUCAGGCCGGCUGGACAAGAACGGGACUCUAUAUAUAUAUAUAUAUAUAUAUAUAUAUAUUGGCAAACGUAAAUGUCCUCAAUAUAUAUGUCAAAUUAUGUUGUGAAUGGACCAAGGACAUUUGAAUGAAAUAUUUCCCAACAUUGUGGAGAAAACUAGCUUAGGUAACCCAUACUUCUAACAUCAUUCCCAAGUAUACAGAUGAUAUAGUUGAAAAAAUCACACUACCGCAAGUAUUGCUUGCAUACAAAAUUAAAACAUUAGCUACCUGCCUCCCUUCAAAGGUCAGGAGGUGCCAACCGACAGAACUCCACCUCAACCUGAUCAAGUUCAUCUUUGCUGGGAUGGUGAUAGAUUUUAGCUUGAAAUGUUUUCAUCGAUCCGCCAAAUGAAUUCCGAUCGAUGGCCUUGAAGGUGAUAUACUCUAGAAGGGCUCCUGCAUUCCACUUGACUAACUCCAUGAAUUGAAAGUUCGUAUUGUGCUGCUUGUUAUAUGCCUCAAUUGCAAGCUUGCAAUACCUGGAACCUAUUUCACGCAUGUACUCCGAAUCUGCAAACUGUAGGUAUCUUCCACCUUCUUUCUUGGAAGUUGCCAAGAGACAUAUAACACCUUCUAGGAAGGUGCUAUCAAACACAUGAACAUGGAAGGAGAUAUGGAGAUACUUUGGAAGCUUGGAUGCAACUUCCUCUUGUCUCCAAACUAGUCCUAUAAAUAGAGUGCUCCAUUGUUGUUCAUUGUAUCAGUUUAGAAAGUGAGAAAAGUGUGUGAAGAGUGAAAAUACACUUAGAGUAGAAGUGUAUUGGUGAGGAUUGGUUUUUUGUAAUAGUUGAGUGUGAGAGUUUGCUCCUCCUAUUGUAAUUCUGUUCUUGAUAUUGAAUAGAAGAAUUUUCCAAUCCCAACAAGUGGUAUCAGAGCGAGGUUGAGUUUUCAUACACUGUUUUCUCAUUUUCAGAUAAAUUUCUACAGGUUAGAAAAUCGUGAUUUUUCAAGUUGCUCGGAAUCACGAUCUGAUCAUACCGUUAGAUUCGUCUCGUCGAGACGAGAAAUCUAGUAUUUUUGGGAAUUUUUUUGGCCACCGGAAGAGGCCGUACGCGCCGCCUAAACGCGCCGGAAAACUGCCUGCGUCAUCAUUGCGUCAUCACGCAGUCCAGAGGAAGAAGACGAGCCACGUCAACGCCACGUCAGCCGCCACGUCAGCGCCACGUCAGUCCACGUAAGCGCCACGUCAUCCGCCACGUCAGCCGUGCAAGCCAUCCUCUGGGUGCCACGUCAGUGCCACGUGGCGCCACGUCAGCGCCAGCGCAGAGCCAGCUGUUGCCACGUCAUCCGCCUGCUGGUCUGCUCACUGGGCUGCUGCCUAAACCGGACCGAACCGGUUCGUACUUGUGGAGGCCAGUUCACCCAUUUUCAGACCGGUUUUGGACAAGGUCAGACCGGUUCCUGCCAUUUUCGGCCAUUCCGGAUCCAACGGUGAGCUCCGUUUGUCCAAAUUCGGCUCCGAAAAUAAGGUACGAGAUAUUUUGAGCGUUUUAUUAUGGAUAAAUCAUCAUCGGACACCAUGAUUGCGCUCACUUCCACAAAUUACAAUAUGUGGAAGCCUCGGAUGGAGGAUUUGCUAAAUUUGAGGGAUUUAGCCGAUCCUCUUGAUAAUAAUGGCGUGAAACCGGAUAAAAAGACGGAUGAAGAAUGGACAAAAAUGAAUAGAAAAACUGUCGCACAAAUUCGGCAGUGGAUCGAUCAUAGUGUGUUCCACCAUGUUGCGCAAGAACAAAGUGCUUACACACUAUGGGAGAAGCUUGGUAGCAUGUAUCAAGCAAAAACCGCACGAAAUAAGACUUUACUAAUGAGACGAUUAGUAAACCACAAAUUACGAGGUGGUAUUUCGGUGUCAGAACACACCAGUCAAUUCCAGGAUCUUGUGAAUCAGUUGAGCACCACCGGAUGGGUUCUCAAAGAUGAAGAGCAGGCGAUACUACUCUUGAGCUCUCUACCUGACAGCUGGGAGACUCUUGUUGUCACUCUCAGUAAUUCUGCUCCCAAUGGCAAAGUGACUAUGCAGAUGGUCACAGAUGCCCUUAUGAACGAAGAAGCCUGAAGAAAAGAAGCCGGGACUAAACAAUCAUAUGCCUUCGUGUCAGAAACCAGCAGACGAGGGGGAGGCAGAAAUGGAGGAAGAAGUCGAGGUCAAGGUAGAGGCCAAGGUCAAAACAGAGGAAAUUCUCAAGUUCGCGGCCGAUCACAAGAACGAGGUAUGUCCUGUGAAAACAAUACUUGGUUUGAAGGAUAUUGCAAUUACUGUAGUAAUUAUGGGCACAGAAAAAGAGAUUGUAGAAAGUUUCUAUGAGAGCAGCCACAGACGAGUCAAAAUACUAGCCAAGAAGACGGUGAGACCAUGGUUAGUUUGUCAUCAGACGUGUGUCUUGUUACACAUGGUGAACAAGAAUGUUUACACGUAGGUACUCAUGAUGUUGAGUGGGUGAUUGAUACAGUCGCAUCAUUUCACGCCACUCCACACCAGAAUUUAUUCACAUCUUAUAAGUCCGGGGACUUUGGAGCUGUGAAGAUGGGAAACACCAGUUUCUCGAAGAUUGUUGGCAUUGGUGAUGUGCACAUAACAACCAAUGUCGGAUGUGCACUUGUUUUAAAAGAUGUUCGACACGUUCCGGAUCUUAGAUUGAAUCUUAUCUCCGGUACAGCUCUGGAUCAACAAGGAUAUCUUAACAGAUUCAAAGAAGGUACGUGGAAGUUAUCUAAAGGUUCCUUGGUUGUUGCAAGAGGCCAUAUUUGUGGUACUCUGUAUAAAACUCAUGCAAAGUUGUGUCAUCCGAGUCUCAAUGCUGUUGAAGAAGAGAUAUCACCAAACUUGUGGCACCGGAGGUUAGGCCACUUAAGCGUGAAGGGAUUGACAACUCUUGCUAGGAAGGAAAGGAUUUCCAUGGGCAAAGGUGUUGACCUAGAUCCAUGCGAGCACUGUCUAUUCGGGAAACAACACAAGGUUUCCUUCAGUUCUACCAGGAAGAACCAUUCAGAGUUACUCAGUCUUGUACACUCUGAUGUAUGCGGACCCAUUGAAGAGGAGUCACUUGGAGGAAGCAGAUAUUUCGUGACAUUCAUUGAUGAUGCAUCACGAAAGGUAUGGGCUUAUUGUUUGAAGAGUAAGGAUCAAGUGUUUGAUCGCUUCAGAUUAUUUCAUGCCAUGGUAGAAACAGAAACAGGGAAGAAGCUGAAGUGUCUACGUUCAGACAAUGGAGGAGAGUACACUUCCCGAGAGUUCUCAGCAUAUUGCGCCGCAUAUGGAAUCAGACAUGAGAAGACGGUUCCACGAACUCCGCAACACAAUGGUGUAGCCGAAAGAAUGAAUCGGACCAUUAUGGAGAAAGUUCGUUGCAUGCUGAGUAUGGCUAAACUAUCUAAGCCAUUCUGGGGUGAAGCUGUGCUGACAGCUUGUUAUCUUAUAAACAGGUCACCUUCUGUUCCUUUAAACUUUGAAGUGCCAGAGAAGAAAUGGUCAGGAAGAGAUGUUUCUUACUCUCACUUGAAAGUGUUCGGGUGCAAGACAUUUGCACAUGUGUCCAAGGAGUUGAGACAGAAGCUUGAUCUCAAGUCAAACCCAUGCAUCUUCAUCGGGUAUGGUGAUGAAGAAUUGGGAUACCGGUUGUGGGAUCCCGAAGUGAAGAAAGUUGUACGAAGCAGAGAUGUUGUAUUUCAUGAAAACGAGUUUCAUGGGUGUGUUCCAAUAAUCUGCCAACAACAUACUCCAGAAGACGAAGUGCCUGUAUCAUCAAUCAUUCCUCUCAGCGACAAGGAGAUGCAUGAUACUACUGAACAAGAGAGUGAUGGUUCAGUAGGUGAUGAUGAUACUCACGGUGAUGAUAUUCCUCAGCAGGGGGAGCCUUCAUCUGAAGACGAAGCUGAAGGUACUCAAGUUCGACGUUCUACGCGAGGCAUAGUUCCACCGAGAAAGUAUUCCACAUCCGAAUGGAUACUUGUUAGCGAGGGGGAGCCUGCGAGCAUUGCAGGAAUGAGAGAAAUAAAGAAAAAGGUGGAGGGGGAGAUUUGUAGGUAUCUUCCACCUUCUUUCUUGGAAGUUGCCAAGAGACAUAUAACACCUUCUAGGAAGGUGCUAUCAAACACAUGAACAUGGAAGGAGAUAUGGAGAUACUUUGGAAGCUUGGAUGCAACUUCCUCUUGUCUCCAAACUAGUCCUAUAAAUAGAGUGCUCCAUUGUUGUUCAUUGUAUCAGUUUAGAAAGUGAGAAAAGUGUGUGAAGAGUGAAAAUACACUUAGAGUAGAAGUGUAUUGGUGAGGAUUGGUUUUUUGUAAUAGUUGAGUGUGAGAGUUUGCUCCUCCUAUUGUAAUUCUGUUCUUGAUAUUGAAUAGAAGAAUUUUCCAAUCCCAACACAAACGCCACUGGAACUAUCUGCCCUUCCAUCACAAAUUCAUCAGGAAACUUUGGAACAUCGAAGCCACCAGUAACCCUUAUUGCUUCGAGUCAUGAAAGGGUAGCCAUGGUGGGAGUCCAUAAUACGCAGGGAGAAGAAAGAGUUACUAGAGAUGGGUGCAGACAGAUCGUAUUUUCGAACGAGAUCGCUAGCUUCGUUUAUACGAUGUUCAAGGGGAGAAGUUUUCGCAUACUCCAAAAGUUUCCGAAACUCUUAUUUGGCAGAUUCCGUACGCAGUUCACAUUCUCUGGAUAGGAAGAUAUAGAAUGAGGAAAUUCCCAAAAUAGUAUCCAAAUUACCAAAAAAGAACUAAAACGUUCCUAUAUUUGAAAAUAGGACUAUUAUGUUUUCAUUGAUUCCAACUUACGAUUGAUUCCAACUUUUAUAUAUAUAGAGAGAGAACUUUUCAUGUCCGGUGCUUCUGUAGAAUAGAAAACGAACCAAACUUGUUUCUAUCGUUAUAUAAUGUGCAAUAUGUUUCAAGAAUUUAUUUGAAUGCCUUCCCGAUCGAAUUUUGAGCCAAAAUUUGGUAUGGAUAAACUAGACUUGAUGAAGAACAUGCUAAAAACAAUUCAUCAAAAAAUUCCACCGGGAACCACCCCAAACAGUAAAGUUCGGACAGUGUCUCCCGUCCCUCCGGAUGGACCUGAGCAUCUCUCUC